GCCACCCCUGUUCUCCCAAACCAUCCAUAUAUCCAUACACACAACACUCUCCUUUCAGCGUGCAUCCACAGCUGCUUGACAGAGCUAGAGAGCUAGAGAGAGAACGACGAAGCUUGAGAGAUCGAGAAAGAUCUAGAGAGGGAGAGUUCGUGCAGCCAAGAAACUAAUCCAAAGCAUAGCAUAUGGCCGACCGCGUGAUGAAGCUGGCGUCGGAGCGGGCGGUAGUGGUGUUCACGCUGAGCUCCUGCUGCAUGUGCCACACAGUGACGAAGCUGAUGCAGGACCUGAGCGUGAACGCGCUGGUGCACGAGCUGGACAGCGACCCCAGGGGCAAGGAGAUGGAGAGCGCGCUGCUCAAGAUGCUCGGCGGCAGGGGCCCCGCCGUCCCCGCCGUCUUCAUCGGCGGCAAGCUCGUCGGCGGCACCAACAGGGUCAUGUCCCUCCACCUCGGCGGCGAGCUCGUGCCCAUGCUCAUGAACGCCGGCGCGCUCUGGGUGUAGAGACGGCCAGGGCAGCAGCCGCUGCGCCGUGCACACAUCACGUGUGUACGUGCGUGGAAAAAGUAGUGGUCGGCAGAUUUUUCCGUCCUGUUCUUCCGAGUUCUAAGAAGAAUAAAUAAGGCAAACUAGCUUGCAAGCUAGCAUCAUGCCUUGUAGGAGCUAGUGAGCGAGAGAGAUGGCCUUGCUUCUAAUUUCUGCCUCCUCCUCCUUUUUAUUUUGAUGUUUUUGUUCUAACUUGCAAUGGUGAGUGCAUGUGUGUACUGAUCGUCAGUCACCCUUUUUUGACAGGCUUAUCGAUAUAUAUGAGAGCUAAAUAAUAAGUAAC